AUGGUCAAGGCCGUCGUCAAGCGCAAGGCCGAUGACCUGACGAGUACGGGGUUGGCGAAGAUCAACGACGCCUAUUACACCGCCCUCGGCAACGCCGUCAGCCGAGUUUUGCAGAGUGACGCGUUCAAGGAUAUGCGAAGUAAAGCCCCCUUGACAAUCACGCAUGGAGGUUCACGAGAAGCUUUCAAGAAGGAGAGCUUCAGAACCGCCCUCAAGAAAGAUGACUACGUGACAUCGGGGAAUGCUGCGUGGAUCAACGAGAUGUACAACCCGCUCCACGGCGUUCCGCUGAGUUCCACCAGCAUCCAGAACAUCGCGGACCACAACUACAGGACGCCCAGCUCCGUGGGUAACAUCACCUUCGACAUCGCAGCAGAUUCUCACACUUGGAGUCCUGAGGAGCAUAAGGGCGCCCUGAAGCUGGCAGGGCCGAUGGAACCAUUGCACGCGUUGUGGAUCGCUGCCGACAGGGACAUCCAAGCGAACCCCGAGGACACCGACCUUCAUGGUGAGUGGGCCAAGGUUUUCCGGGGCGUGGGCUUUCGCUAUGUCGUCAUUUCAAACGACUUGGACGUGUUCCACCACCAGGAGAACGAGAAAGAGAAGUUAAUCACCCUCGGCGACGCUGUCACGCCCAGUGGCCUGCAAAAGAUCAUGAAGAUCGUGAAUUACAAGAUCCGGUACUUGCAGAAAGAGCAGAAGGACGACAUACCAAAUACAGAGCUGAUGAGGUGGCUCAAGUCGAAGAUUUCAUUGUCUCCCAAGUCGGAGCAGUUCUCAGCUGACUACGUGAACCACGCCAUCUCCACUUUCGACAACGCUAUCUCCAACACUACGAUUUUGGGACUUGUGUCGGAGUGCGAGAAGAUGGGCACCGCCUCCCCUUUCGCUUUCAUUUCUGGGAUGCACAUCAUGGUCCUGAGUGAGACCAUUUGGAUAUUCGCCAGCGCUGUGGACUACGUGAAAAUGGAUUUCGCUGAAAAAAAUGCCUUCGCCACGCGUCAUCUCCAGCCAGAACGCGGCAACAAGAAAAGCAUAUUGGACCUCUUCCUCUUCAAGAAAACCGUCCGCGACUACCUGGUGGAUACGUGGAUGUCGGCCAAGCCUUGGCCAAGCGAGAUCAAGGCGCUCAUCCGGGAGAAGACCAAGGACCACGGGGUAUACCGAAAGAUGGUCCGUGGGUAUCCGGAUGACCACUCCCCGAAGGAUCACACUUGGAAGAAGGGCUUCUCCAUCAGCGCGAAGCUCUUUUUUGAUAUGGUCGAGGGCGUCGCGUACGACAGGGAGUUUGACCCGUCACUCAAUAAUGCAGUAAAGAACCGAAAGAGCGCAGCCGAGGUACUCGAGUACACGCAGUUCAAGGAGAAGAUCGCCGACAUCGAGAAGCAGAUCACCGACGAGGCAGUAGCGAAGGCGGCGAUGGAUAAGGGGGGCGUGGAGCCAGUCACCACGCCAGCGGGAUCCACAGCGCAGGACGGCGUGAAGCUGGAUGUGCCCAGCGUGGACUCCAAAGAGGUUGAGGAUAAGGAGAAGUUCACCGACUACUGGCAGAAGUACGCGACGGAGUUCCUCAGGACCUACAUCACCCUCAUCUCGGAGCCUCAGACGGAGGCGCAGCUGGCAGCUGCGUUGACGGCCUGCUCGGUGAGCCAGACCAGCGUUGGCGUGAAGGGCCAGGACUAUGUGGCAGCGUUCUUCACAGCAGGGUUGUCAUCAGAAUCCAUCACUGAUCCACACACGCGGGGUGCACCAUUUCGCAAGGAGAGGCUGCUAAAAUGUGGCAAGGCGUUCCUCGCAGCUCGGAGGGAUUUACACCGGAGGAACUCGGGGAGCGACGAUGAGGAGAUAACCAUCGGUCCCGGAGACGUUUUUAUCGCGCUGGACAACCAGAAGCCUGGCAAUUUGAGCAAGUUUACCGACUUCUUGAAAGACUCCCAGGGGAAGAAAGACCAUCUUUUCAAGCGCAAGUUCAUGCUGGUGUACGACUUCCACACCCUUAAGGCCCGCAGGCACCGUUCCAAAGGAAUUGGCACCCUGAAGCAGGAGGAGACCAUGAUCGCAGUGACAAGCGGCGCAGCGUUGCAGGUCCCAUCGAAGAUGCACACCAAGUACCAGGGCCAUAACAACGGGACGUGCAUCGGGCCGAUCAAGCUUACGCCAUUCAAUGAGUGCUGGACGGUCAGCUUCGACGAGAAGAAAGCCAUCUAUGGAAAGUUGCGCCUACCAGUUGGGGGAUCUGGUGACGACGACGGCGAUGAUGGCUGCGGCGACGGAGGCGAUGGAGAUGAGGUUCCCCCGACGAUCGCGGAGUUCGAGGCCGCAGCUUCCUGCCUUUCGACGGAUCCACCAUUCGAGACCCCCAGCAAGAAGACCAAGGUUCGUGCGGGAGCUAACAUCGAGCCCAUGAGCUACUACAGCAUGCCCGAGGAGUUCUUCGCCGAUGUCAUCGACGCCCUUUGCUUGAAAGAUACAUUCGACUUCACGCCAGGAGACGGGGCCAAUGCCAUGGCUCACCUCAGGAGCUGCCGCCAGAUUCCCAGGAGCUACGUGGGCAUCUGCUUCAACGACGUGCACCUCGAGAAGCUCGAAGCACACUUGAUCAAGAUGACGCUGAAAGCCUUCUGCACCUCGUCGGAUCCGCUCUUCCAUCCGCAGUACGCAGCUGGGUUGAAGAACCAUGGUGAGGCGGCGGUGCUGGCGCCGACCAAGGGCCCCAUUCUCAAGGUUCCCAAGGCGGCCGACGAGGAGGACGUGGACAUGGCGGGCAGUGCAGAGAAGCAAGCGGCAAGCGACGACGCCACCAGCAACAUCGCCGCAGACCAGCCGGCCACCAUCGGCGACAUGACGGGUAACGCCGACGACGCGGGCCACGACACGGGCGGCGCGGAGGCGGCCGACAGCCUUCACGUGGACACGGCGGGUAGCGCCGCAGAGCAGGUGGCAAGCGACGACGACGCCAGCAUCAUCAUGUCUCCAGACAGCGCUGCAGAUCCAGCGGCCGUUGUCGCGGCCAUCGUCGGCGACACGACGGGCAACGCCGAGCACAACGACGCGGGCCACGACGGGAAGGGCUGCGCGGAGGCUGCCGGCGAGGAGGCCGACGUCGACGAGCUGAUCACCCCUAGCGGCGACAGAGACCACGCCAGCGCUGGCAGCGAGGAGGGCAGGUUCCCUGACGCUGGAUCCCGAAUCUCAGUGAUGGACCUCGACGAGCUCCUGCCGGACGAGAAGACUACUGACAAGAAGAAUACCGACAAGAAGAAGAAUACCGACAAGAAGAAGGCCGUCAAGAAGGCCGUCAAGAAGAAUACCGACAAGAAGAAGAAAAGCAGACGUGAUCCGUCACCGUGCUCGUCUUCUUCAUCCUCCGAGGGGGCCGUGCUCUUGCGCCUGGGGACGUUCUUCAGCGGGCUGGAAACUCCAUCGGUCGCCUUGAACCAGAUCGGCCUGCCACACAAGUUAGAGUUUGCGAUUGAGCUAGAGGACUGCCUGCGGACCCUCAUCUACCAGACGUGGCACCCCACGGAGCUGCACUCGGAUGUGAAUUCUGUCGACAUGAAGGCUUUGCCCGACGUCGACAUCGCUGUUGGGGGAGCUCCGUGCCAGCCAUUUGCCAAGGGUGGCUCAUUGAAAGGCAUGGAGGAUCCACGGGGGCGUCUCGUCUACAAGAUGGUCGAGUACGUGGAGGCCAAGGCCAAGGCUAAUCUUCCAUUGCCGCGCGCCCUCCUCAUGGAGCAGUCCAAGACCUUGAAGAACAAGUGGAGCGACGUUUACGACAACAUCAAAUCUCGUCUUACCAAGCUAGGCUACCGCUUCAAGUCGACCUUCGUCAAUACCAACCUCCAUGGAAUACCCCAAUCACGCGAACGGCUUUACAUGGUGGCCUACUUCAAGGUGCACAAGUUCCACUUUCCCGAGGAGUUGAAGACAACCAUUCCCAUUGAGAAGAUGUUGCACCCGAUGUGGCAGACCGACUUGAAGACCACGCUUGUCCCAACAAACGCAGUGGCGCGGAUUGACCAGGCCCGCAAGGAAGCGGCGGACAGCGGCUACAACCCCGACGUCGACACCGUCUUCGUCGACCUAGACUCGUCAGAGCGUUUCUGGAGUUGGAAGGUUGAUGAGAGCAUGACGUUGACGAGAAGGCGAUGUGAGGGUGGCGGCUGGUUCAUGACGAACCGCGGUCGCCGGCAGACUGUCCGUGAGAUGCUCGCGAUGCAAGGGAUCGUCCCGCGUAGUCUGGGGGACACAACUUGCAUGUCUAGGACGGCGCUGCUGUCUGCGAUCGGCAAUGCCAUGUCAGUCAACGUACUGGAGCGGAUCCUGCCCCGCAUCGCCUGGUCCAUCGGUAAGCUGCCCCAGAAGAUGCACGACGUCUGGGAUGAUGAGUCCUGGGCGCUGAGGGGAGGCCGUUUCAAUGACGAGUCAUCGUGGUUUCUCUGA